AUGCAAAAAUCGAGUGUCUAUGUUGCAUUGCUCAGUGUUUCUAUUUUGCUUAUUGGAAGCGGAAUUUUAGUGUAUCUACUGUCAAAUAAGAAUAACACAUGCCAAUGUAAUAUUCCAGACAGGUGUUUUAUUAAUGCGACGACAAAUUCCCUUGAGCAGACGACAAAUUCUCGUGAUCAGACAACAAAUUCUCAGAAUCUCACGUUACCUACUUUCACGACGAAUUUUCAAAAAAUCACUUCUGCUGUAACUACGCCGAAGGAAUCAGUGCAUGUUGGAACAAGUUUGGCGACAACUUCGUCUCCACUUAACACAACAACAGAAAUACCAGAUUGUCCUGAUAACUGGAUUUCAUAUGAAAAGUCAUGUUUUUUCAUCAGUAACCAAUCGGCGAGCUGGAUAGAUGCUAUGAUCCGAUGUCAAAAACUGAACGGUCAUCUUGUAGAAAUUACAUCUGCUGACGAAGAUCAGUUUCUGAAAUACCAUAUUGAAACACUUGACAGACAAAAUAGUAGAGAAUGCUUCAGUGCCUAUUCAAAACAAUAUAGUGGCACUACAACUACGACGUACGACGGACACACGUGCCAGCGAUGGGAUUCACAAACUCCCCACACACAUACACGAACUCAACCCAUCAGGUUUCCAGAGAGAUCUGUGACAGAUGCUGCCAACUAUUGUAGAGAUCCCGACGGCUUAGGGUUACCAUGGUGUUACACAACAGACCCCAAAAUUAGGUGGCAGUAUUGUGGCAUUUACGAGUGUCCGGGUGGGAACUACUGGGCCGGAAUGGUCAUGCUGGAAGAUGUCUGGAAAUGGAUCCACACGGAGACUGAACUUGAUCAAGGUUACACUAACUGGUAUCAUGACCUAAACUGGGAAUAUUGCGGGUCAUUGAUUUCGGAGGUAAACUAUCAAUGGAAGAGAAGCGAAUGUACACAUACGGCAAUGUACAUUUGCGAACAGACGAAAUAUACAUAAGAUAGUUGUCGUCUGUUUAUGAUGAACUCUUUGUGAAAUCAGACAUUGAAUGAACGCAGAACAAUUCAAUUCUAUUCUUGAUUCAUUGAAACAACAUUACAGCUAACUGCUGCCACCGUUCUUUGCCGUAAAAUGGUACUAUUUUACAACACACAAUAAUUCAUGAUCAUUUGAUAUAUUUUGUACAAACAUGAGUAUAAUAUUUGCUGUAUUUGCAUAUGCAUGAAGUUAAAAACAGCAUGAAAUCUCCAGUUCAAAUAGGGAUAAUAGAGUUAGAUUUAAUUUAUGUCUUGAUAAUAUUUAAAGAGACUUCGAGUAUUUAAAAAAAAUCUUCGUGAUUUGAUUUUGCAAAACUAGAAAUCUCUAGAAACUCUUCAGAAAAUGUGUGAUGACAUAUUCUGUUUAAAAUUCAAAAGUAGUGUAACUGUAAAUGUUGAUUUUUCUAGCGUCAUCAUAUUUUACUUUUGGGCAUACAUGGCCUGAUGUUGACCUACAUUAAUGUAAUAGCAAAACUGUAUUUUUGAUAAGUUUAUUUAUACUCACUCUUCGUCUAAAUUUAGUUGAGUUCUUUGCUUAUGAUUUUCAUGUUGGAGGGCUGAAAAAGAGAAUCUCAACUUAGCAUAGGAAAACUUUGCUACAUGUUCUCUAUCAAGAAUUUGGAGAGUCAUAAUUUUGUCAAAGUUCAGAAAUUAAUACUUUUAAGGGAAAGGAUGUUUAAGCUCAGUCGGUAAAGCCUCGAAACGGCUUUCCGAGGGCCCCGGGUUUGAGUCUCGGUCUCGGUCAGGGAACGUGUUACAUUAUCGCGUUUUC